UCAACUUUCAAUACAUAUUAUUUGAUGACAGAAAACCCUGUCAGUUUUGAGUCUUUUGACUCCGAAAUUUUGAUCUGUUUCCGUGUUACGUGCUAGAUAUAUCUCUCGGCAAUAUGGUAUUAAGGAAUUGUACUUUAUUUCCAGACGAUCCACAUUCAUGUGACAUUAUUGUCAUAGUAAGAAAAACAAUGGGUUCGCUCUCAUUCAUUGGAUGUCUUUUCAUAAUAGUUGUUAUAUGGUUAUUCAAGAAGUAUCAAAUAUUUACGCAGCGCCUAAUCCUGUAUUUAAGUAUAGCAGCCUUUUUGGAUAGUAUUGCAUUUUUGAUGCCUGGUUUUGUACCUGAUGGUACCUUGUGUGAAUUUCAAGCUUGGUGGUUAUCCUUUUUUGAUUGGUCCGUACUGUUAUGGGCUUGUUGUAUUACCUUCAACCUCUAUCAAAAUGCAAUAAAAGAUGUACAAACCGAACGCUAUGAAAUUUUUUAUCAUAUAAUAUCAUGGGGAGUGCCUUUAAUAUUUGCUUGUCUUCCGUUCAUUGGUGACCACUACGGACCCGCUGGUGUUUGGUGUUGGAUCGAUGCUGACAGCUCUCGUAGUCAAAUAUGGCGUUUUACUAUAUGGUAUAUCCCGAUGUGGUGUUUACUUGCUGUGAUGCUGAUCACCUAUAUUUACAUUGUUGUCAAACUCCGAAGAGAGGUGAGUCGGUGGGAAGGAACUUACCGAGCUGAAGAUGAGAGACAGAAGGAAAUGUUGAAAAAAGAUAUCAAACUUCUGAGAGCUUAUCCUGUAGUGUACAUGGCUCUGGCUGUCUUUCCUUCGAUUAAUAGGAUUCAAAACGCGUUUAAUGAUAAUCGAUUGUUUUGGUUGUUGUUGUUACACACCAUAUGUUCUCCUCUAAAUGGUGCACUUAACGCUUUAGUAUUCGCAUUUGACCGAGAGACAUUGAGACUUUUGACUUGGUCUGCUGUAAAGGACGCUGUGUUUCAGAGGACGCAUGGAACAACUCACCUUAUUACAGAGUACACGUUUACUCAGACAACUGGUAGCAGUUCGUCAAGUGCAGCUAGUGACAACAAUGUAGCAACAAUAAAUGACGAAGGGCCAACCGCCAGUGAUACACCAACUGUUGUCGCGAGCAACACAAGUAUUCAGGCGGAUAAAUUAGGUAUUGACCAAGAAAGUUCGGCAACAAAUCAUGGAGCCGAUAAUGUUAGAGAGAGAGCAACGUACGGCAGUACGGAUGUUGUUUAAUUAUUGAAAAUUUCUGUGAAAGUUCUUAGCGUUGAAUUAAUCCCUGGAUGUCGGUUGGUGAAGCAGGACAAGUUGACCUCGCCAUGCAUGCAUGGUUCACGAAAACCUUGUCUUUCAGAAAGUUGGGUGUCAUCUUCCCUAUUUCCUUACUGUAAGUUAUGUAAAUAUUUUUUUCUAUGCAUCAUAUCUUGUUUCGGUUAACUAUAUAUUUUCUAAAAUUUUUUAUGAUAGCUACUCUAUCCUCAUCCUAUUGUAUUAGGAUAAACAAAAAAAAUGAUUAAUCACCGUUUGACAAAAUUCAGGGAUAAAAUGUACAGAGGACAGGCAAGGGACGUGACCAACGCAAUGCAUGUGUGUUGAUGAGUUACAGUCUAAAAUGCAGCUCUCCAUAAUAUUUUGACGUUUCUGGGCAUAUCCACUGCAUUAUAUGUAGGAAAGAACGACCAGCUAUCUCAUUUCGUAUUUGCAAAAUAAAAACGAUCACGAUUAUUCUAUAUUCUCUCAAUUUGCAUGCUUUAUCCUCAACCACCGGUAUUUUAUGAGCCUGAAUGUCAAUCCCAUUUACUUUUAUCCCUCUCUCAUGCAACACAUGAAACCUAACUAAAACAUAGCAUCCAUAUCUGCAUAUAGGAUGAAUUGUGUACAUUUUAAAUACACUGUACGAAUAUGGAAAAUCAUGAUACAUUAUUGCAAUAAUGCA